AUGAUGAGGCCGAAAUGGUACCAGGCCAUUGUGGGAGGAAUCAUCUUGACCUUGGGGUUACUGUUCCUGGGAUCUCGGCUUUACGCGCAUUUCAGUCGCUGGAAUAACGAUCUCGGAAUAACAAUCUUCGACGGCCAUCUACCCCCAGUACCUCAAUACCAAGAUACCGACACUGCCUCACAAAACCCCUCCACUUCCGAUCCGGAAAUAUCGAAACCGUUACAAGAUUCAUCACAGGAGGAUAUAGUCGACAAGCCCUCGGCGCCAAGGCCCACCCCGACGGGACCUACGGGUGAAUGGAGCUUAGCUUGGAAUAAUAAGAACACAUGGCCGGACUGGUUGAAUGCAUCGCCAACUCCGAACGGGGCCAGCAAAAGCCUGCCGACACAUUCUAUAUCGCACGAGGAGCUUUACAGAUAUGUUCAUUCCAUCAUGCAUUUUAAUGACGAAUGGCCAUUCGAGCGCGUAUCUUGUCCCUCGGGUAUGGGCUCCAGAUAUGAGAAGUUAAAGAGCGAUGCGGACGGCAGCGGCAAGGCGCGAUACUUCUUUGCAUUGAAUCUCUUGGACGCAGCCGACGCCCUCCCUCGAUUGAUGAGUACCAUAAUUGAGACUAUAAAGUAUUUGGGACCCGAGCGUUGUGCGAUCUCCAUCGUCGAUGGAGGAUCUCUGGACGGAACUUUGGAAAUCCUCACUGUGAUAAAAUCGAGGGUUGAUGAUUUGGGAGCGCAGUUCUUCCUUGCGACCAGCAGGGGCAGCUCAGAUGAUGCCCAGUCGGGCCAAAAUGCAACACUUGCAGACCUCCGCAACCAGGUCCUCGAACCACUGAAAGCUAAAGAUGUGGAACCACACGCUCUGUCAAGUGUGUAUUCAUCCGACACUGUGGUUAUUUUCCUGGAUGAUAUCGCCGUGUGUCCUGAGGACAUACUUGAAUUGGUCUUUCAGCAUGUUAAUCAAGGUGCUCAGAUGACAUGCGCAUUUGAUUGGGUUCUCAAUGGGACUGUGUUCCACGACGUCUGGGAAUCGCGAUCACUGGCCGGUAAUACCUUCUUUGAGGUUCCGCACGAUGGCUCAUUGACACAUAGUAAAGAUAUGUUCUUUGAUGACCCACCCAAUAAGCGGCGUUAUAAAAAGUCCCAGCCCUUGCAGGUGUACUCAUGUUGGGGCGGUAUGGUGACAUUGAAUGCCACGUCAUUUGCUGAAGACACCUUGAAGUUCCGAUCGACAGAGCAGACCGAUUCUGAUUGUUAUAUGGGCGAGUCAAUGUUGCUGGCCAAGGAUUUGUUUAGUCAAGGGCUUGGCAAAAUUCUAGCUGUGCCUUCGGUGAACGUGGCCUACUCGGAUGAUGAGGCUACUAAAACGAAACAAACCAGGGGAUAUGUCAGUGAUCAUAUCAAAAAUGACAAUCCAGAACUGGAUACAAAGGAAUUUGUUCAAUGGAAACAGGAUCCACCUGAGCUGGUCAAAUGUCUUCCCCUUUCUGAACAAGUAGCCUGGACUGAGUGGAUCCACUCUGUUUGA